AGCCGGCCGGCAGCAGCGCCACCAUGCCCGCGGACCACCGCCGCAUCCGCGUGCCCGAGGAGUCGCAGCCGCCGCAGCUGUACGCGGCCGGCGAGGGCGAGGCGCCGGCCCCUCGCGACCCGGCGCGGCUGCGGCCGGUGUACGCGCGCGCCGGGCUGCUGAGCCAGGCCAAGGGUUCGGCCUACUUGGAGGCAGGCGGCCCCAAGGUGCUGUGCGCCGAGUCGGGCCCGCGCCAGGCCGAGGGCGGCGAGCGCGGCGGCUGCCCGGCCAGGGCGGGCUGCGAGGCCCCCGCGGCGCUGAGCGGCCGCCUGCUCUGCGACUUCCGCCGCGCGCCCUUCUCGGGCCGCCGGCGCCGUGUCGCGCCGGGCAGCGGCGAGGAGCGCGAGCUGGCUCUGGCGCUGCAGGAGUCGCUCGAGCCGGCCGUGCGCCUGGGCCGCUACCCGCGCGCGCAGCUCGAGGUGUGGGCGCUGCUGCUGGGGGACGGCGGCUCGGCGCUGGCCGCCCCGCUCACUGCCGCCGCGCUCGCCCUGGCCGCCGCGGGCGUCGAGAUGUACGACCUGGUGGUGGGCUGCGGCCUGAGCCGCGCGCCGGGGCCCGCGCCCGCCUGGCUGCUGGACCCCACGCUGCUGGAGGAGGAGCGCGCCGCCGCCGGCCUCAGCGUGGCGCUCAUGGCGGUGCUCAAGCAGGUGGCCGGGCUGCUGGGCAGCGGGGAGGGCGGCCCGAAUGAGAGCUGGGCGGAGGCCGUGCACCUGGGGUUCGAGGGCUGCCAGCGCCUCUACCCCGUUCUCCAGCAGUGCUUGGUGCGGGCCGCCCGCCGGAGGGGUGGCGCCGCGCCCCUCUGAGCCCGAGACCCGAGUAACGACGGACGCCGAGGACCGAGCCGCCGCUGCCGCCACAAGGACCCGCGCCGUCGGCCUGCAGACUGUGUGCGCCGAACUGCAGCUGAGACCUGGGAGCACCGGAGAGGGUCUGCCGAGGCGUGCUCAGAAUAGCCGUGUUGGAGCGAUUCUUUCCAACUGCUUCGUUAAAGAAACCUUUCUAAUUGAGUUGACUCCCAGCCACGACCCAGUUGAAGGAACCUGCCAGUGCAUCUUGACUCCUAAGUUGGAAAGGACUUCCGCUGGACUCAUCGGGAAACCUGGAGCUGUUGUCCUGCAAGGGAUGGACCCUAUGCAGGCCAGCCGGGGACUCUCUCCUGAAUAACUGGGCUGCUUUUGAGAGCGGGAACAAGGGGGCUGUGCCUUCCACGUACAUCUGAGCCCAAUCAAAAACUCUUAUAAUCGGAAACAUUCUUCUGUUGUUUUUUGGUACCGACUUUAAUGAGUAAGGCUCUUCCGAGCUGGGGAGUGUGUUCUCAGGGCUUGGGACAAGCAUUAUCUUUCAUGUGUCCUGGUGUCGCCGGUCCACCAGCGAGACGGCACCUGAACUGCCAGGAGUGAGAGUUUCUGGAUGCUGGAGAUGGAGUCUGGCCAUUCUGUAGGGCAGAGGGGUCUCUCUGACCACGAGGGUGGGCUCUGGCCUGUGUGGCUCCUGAGCCCUGCAGGUCUGUGCUCAGGUCUGAAUUGGCAAAAGGGCCGCCUGGGGUCCUCCCUGCACCAGCUUGGUGUGACCUGAGCGUGUGUGUCUCAGGGGCCUGCUCAGCUCUAGGAAAGGCUGGCUUGAGGCAGCUGAGAGACCAGAAUGAGGCCUGGGGACCACACCAAGAACCCCUGACCGGGGGAGAAACACAGACUUUAUUUGCCCCCAGUGACAUAAUAUAUAAUUCCAAAGCAGAUCUGCAAUAUCUAGAAUCACAGCAGCAAGGAACAAGACAGAAACAAGGCACCUACAGGACCGAGGCCGAGCCUGCUGGGCGAGGGGCUGGGAGGCCAUGAAGUCAGAAGAAGGCAACUGGAACUGAAGAAGGGUUAGCCCAGCUUCAAAGUGGCCACGUGGAAAAACAGGGCAGAGACCUGUGGGAAGGGGCCAGUUACAUCCCAUUAGAUGGACAUUUACAAAACCCUAUCAACCCCCAGAUGAGAGUCUUCCACAUGAGAUGGGAGGCAAACCACACACCAUAUAUGCAGUUCUGUGUCACUGAAGAAACCCAAGUUUAAAAAUCUAUGUUACUCGUGUAUUACCAUAUGUGAAAUAGAUGACCAGUCCAAGUUCGAUGCAUGAAACCGGGCACUCAAAGAUGGUGCACUGGGGCAACCCAGAGGGAUGUGAUGGGGAGGGAGGUGGGAAGGGGGUUCGGGAUGGGGGUCACAGGUACACCCGUGGCUGAUUCAUGUCAAUGUAUGGCAAGAGCCACCAGAAUAGUAAAUUAAUUAGCAUCCAAGUAAAAUAAAUUAGUUAACAAGAACAACAGCAAAAUAAAGCUGAGCGCCAAAGAAUUGAUGAUUUUGAGCUGUGGUAUUGGAGGAGACUCUUGAGCAUCCCUUGGACUGCAAGGAGAUCCAACCAGUCCAUCCUAAAGGAGAUCAGUCCUGAGUGUUCACUGGAAGGACUGAUGUUGAAGCUGAAACUCCAAUUUGGCCACCUGAUUCGAAGAGCUGACUCAUUUGAGAACACUUGAUGCUGGGAAAGAUUGAGGACAGGAGGAGAAGGGGACAACAGAGGAUGAAAUGGUUGGAUGGCAUCACUGACUCAAUGGCCAUGGGUUUGGGUAGACUCCAGCACUUGGUGAUGGACAGGGAGGCCUGGAGUGCUGUGGUUCAUGGGGUCACAAAGAGUCGGACACGACUGAGUGACUGAACUGAACUGAACUGAGGUUAUCUAUACUAUUAUCCCACUGGAAAUUCCUUCAUAUUGUGAACAAUGAUUCGUCAGAACAAAAUGGUUCACUGAGAAUCUUAGAAUAUAGACUCAGAGUGGCCUUGGAUGUCUUCUAGUGCUAUAGCCUGAGUUGCAUAACCAGUCCUCACCCCAAAUUAGUCUUUUCAAGACUUAACUCUAAUGUGAUUGUAUUUGAAGAUAGAAAGUUUUGGAGAUGAAUUUAAAAGAGGUCGUGAGGGGUGAGUCUUAAUCCAACAGGAUCAAUGGCCUUAGAAGCGGAGGAAAAGAGAGAGAGAGAUCUCUUUCUGCCCACACACACUGAGGAAAAGCCAUGUGAGGACAUAGGGAGAAGGCAAUCAUAUGCUGCUGCCUUAAACUUGGAGUUAACAGCCUCCAAAUUUGUGAGAAAUAGAUUUCUGUAGUUUAAGCUACCUAGUCUAUGAUCCUUUUUUUGGACAGUCUGAGCUAAGACACCUAAUCUAGGGUUUUCUUAGCUGUGAUCUGGAAAAUGCUGUUCUGCCUGGACUGUUAGUAGGUGUUGGUUCUAUGGUCAAACGCCUUUGAGAAUGUUGCAUACUAUUAAUAUCUAUUGAUAGUUCACUACUUACAUUAGACUCUUCAAGGCUUUCAGAGCCCUAGAAUGAGGAAACCUGGUUACCAUUGUGGGAGGAGCACCUUUUAACAUCUACAUCACAGAUUUCUUACAUGGGGCCUGUGGAAGUCCUGGGGAUUGCUUCUGUUCUUGUUUCACACCUAUCCAGGCCUUGACUUUGCUAACUCCACAGCUACUGAACCAGAAUAUCUAGGGGCAGAGUGCCCCAGAUUACGAAUGACUAAAAGCAGAUAGAUUUUUGAGGAGCUGAGUUUGGGAACUACUAUUCCAGAACAACACUCUCGUGUUAUAGGUGAGGAAUUUAAGAUCCUUGGAGAGAAAUUGCUUGCCCAAGCAUGAGUGCAGAGCAAGUAUUUGGACCAUUUCCCCCUCCACUAUAAAUAACCACUGGGGUUUUUGAUAGUUCUCCCAGCAAUCGUGUUUCCAGCUUGUGCUUCAUCCAGCCUGGCAUUUCCCAUGAUGUACUCUGCCUGUAAGUUAAAUAAGCAGGGUGACAAUAUACAGGCUUGCUGCACACCUUUCCGAAUUUUGAACCAGUCCUUUGUUCCAUGUCUGGUUCUAACUAUUGCUGCUUGACCUGCAUACAGAUUUCUCAGAAAACAGGUAAAGUGGUUUGAUAUUCUCAUCUCUUUAAGAGUUUUCCACAGUUUGCUGUGAUCCACACAGGCAAAGGCUUUAGCAUAAUCAAUGAAGCAGAAGUAGAUGUGUGUGUGUGGUUUUUUUUUUUUUUUGGAAUUCCCUUGCUUUUUUGUGUGAUCCAGUGGAUGUUGACAAUUUGAUCUCUGGUUUCUCUGCCUUUUCUAAAUCCAGCUUGAACAUCUGGAAGUUCUCGAUUCACAUACUGCUGAAGCCUAGCUUGAAGGAUUUUAAGUAUAACCUUGCUCUCAUGUGAAAUGAGUGCAGUUGUGUGGUAAUUUGAAAGUUCUUUGGCAUUGCCUUUCGUUGGGAGUGCUGGAUGUCAAUUAUAUCGCAAUAAAACCUGGGGGGAAUAAGGACCAAGGUAUCCGGCAGACGAAUUUUUGUGUCUUAGUUGAAAAUUCCGUAGAGAAUGAUGACUUCUGAAAUGAAUACUAAGUCAUAAGAAAAGUAGAUGGUUGAAGGAAACUAGUGCCUAGAUGCUAAUACCCUUUCCCUUGAGAUGGUACCUAUGGAACCCAGGGAGGGGAGAGAGAGGGGAAAAAAGAACUCAGGGACCAAUCAGGUGGCAUGUUUCAAUCCUGCCUCUCAGCACAUAGCCUCUAAUUCAGCUUAAAUUGGGAAACAGAAUCUCACAAACAGCACAGUUAUGGAGACUGACGAAGCGACCCAGAGUGGACUUCCUUCCUUUGAAUGGACUCCAUGGGGGAUUGGAGCUUUGGUACCAGCAGCUGCCCCUUAGGCCCAUCCUCCUCCUCAGCGAGUGCAGACGAAUUUGGGCUCACUGCUGCUCACAUCUGCCUGUUGCAGAACUUCUGUGGUCAACUGAAGCUCACCUGAUGGAAGGCUUUUGUCACCGAAGUAGGGAGGGCAUCUGGUUUGGCACCUCCAGGAAGCCACCCUGAUUGCAGGAUUUCCA